UUUCCACUUCUGACCAAGAGAGAUUUGCUUUGCUUUGCUUGCGCCGGAAACGCAUCCUCCCCUCCGCCGCCGCAGCCGUCGCAGCGAGACGAAGCGGAAGCGCCGGAGAUGGCGUCCCGCGCCGUCGCCGUCGUGGCCCUGCUCCUGCUCCUUGCUCGCGGGGCGGAGCCGAUCGGGCUGUGGCUGCCGCCGCCCUCCGGCGGCGGCAGCGUCGGCGGGCGCCUCGGCGCCGGCCCCGGCAGGUACCUGACGCAGGAGGAGCGGUGGAUGGACCAGACCCUCGACCACUUCAACCCCACCGACCAUCGGCAAUUCAAGCAGCGUUACUAUGAAUUCCUUGAUUACUACCGAGUUCCAAAAGGGCCAAUUUUCUUGUAUAUCUGUGGAGAAUCUUCGUGCAAUGGGAUCCCUAACAGCUACUUAGCUGUCAUGGCAAAGAAGUUUGGUGCGGCGGUGGUCUCCCCUGAGCAUCGAUACUAUGGAAAGAGUUCCCCUUUCGAGAGUUUGACAACAGAAAAUCUAAGGUUCUUGUCAUCAAAGCAGGCCUUGUUUGAUCUGGCUGUUUUCCGCCAAUAUUAUCAGGAAACUUUGAAUACUAAGUAUAAUCGCUCAGGAGCAGACAGUUCUUGGUUUGUUUUCGGAGGGUCGUACGCUGGAGCACUUAGUGCUUGGUUCAGAUUGAAGUUCCCUCACCUGACAUGUGGAAGUCUUGCAAGUUCAGGAGUUGUUCUUUCUGUUUACAACUUUACUGACUUUGACAAACAGAUUGGUGAGUCAGCUGGCCCUGAAUGCAAAGCAGCACUGCAAGAGACAACAAAACUUGUUGAUGGACAACUUCAGUCUGGUCGCAACUCAGUCAAACAGCUGUUUGGAGCAUCAUCGUUAGAAAAUGAUGGUGACUUCCUCUUUUUACUGGCAGAUGCAGCAGCUAUCGCGUUCCAAUAUGGUAAUCCUGAUGCUGUGUGCUCCCCACUAGUCGAAGCAAAGAAGAAUGGUACAGAUUUGGUGGAAACAUUUGCUCAUUAUGUGAAAGAUUAUUACAUAGGAGCAUUUGGAGCAUCAAUUGCAUCAUAUGAUCAAGAAUAUUUGAAGAACACAACUCCAACUCCUGCUGAAUCCUCAUAUAGGUUAUGGUGGUACCAAGUUUGCAGUGAAGUUGCGUAUUUCCAAGUGGCUCCAAAAAAUGACAGUGUCCGUUCUGCAAAGAUUGACACAAGGUACCAUUUGGACUUGUGCAAAAAUGUUUUUGGGGAAGGAGUUUAUCCUGAUGUUUUCAUGACAAACUUAUACUAUGGAGGCACAAGAAUUGCAGGUUCAAAAAUUAUUUUUGCAAAUGGCUCCCAAGACCCAUGGCGCCACGCUUCUAAGCAGAAAUCAUCAAAAGAAUUGCCAUCAUACUUAAUUGAGUGCAGCAAUUGCGGACAUUGCAGUGAUCUAUCUGGAUGCCCUCAAGCUCCGUCACAUAUUGAAGGUGAUUCAUCCAAUUGUUCAUCUCCAGAGGCUGUGAACAAAGUACGAAAGCAGAUUGUCGAUCACAUUGACUUGUGGUUGUCAGAAUGCCAAGACCAAGGACACGACAAUGAGCCAUUGCUGGGCAGUAGAUGGAAUUUAGCUACUUUCUGAUUAGCUGCUCGAGCGACCAACCGCAUGUUUAAAGGUCAGGAAUCCAGGGCAAAGGAGCUGUCAUUUAGAGCACUAGUACAGAAUUCACUCAAAUAAUACAGACAGUUGAGUGUUCCAUACAUUUUCACGGUCUCAAGCAUCAUCCUUAGGACCUCUGCAACAAUUGAUCAGACAUUGCUACGCGAUGACCUCUGCCAAAUUGUCAUUUGCCAAUAACCUUACAGGUUGCUCUCAGGCUUCCCAUUCUGCAGUAGAGUGCCCUGAUGUGUAAAAUGUUACUGAAUCAUGUACAAGAAUACAAGGUAAACUUGUUUAUACGAGACUGAGAU